AUGUUCUUCUCCCCGCGCAAGGGCAAGAAGCAACGUCUGUGCGAGCACGACAUGCCACGCACCGUGGGAUUGGAUGCACUGACGUUGGAGGGAGAAAUCGUAGCAACAUUGUGGGCCCCAGUUUUCAACCGGGCUGCAGUCAACGGGCAAGCAUGCGGCAGCGAGAAAGAAGCAGAAGUAUCUGCUGCCAAAGCAUUUCUCGCCCAACCAGACAUCAUUCAGGCUGCAGCUGCGUUGCCGCCUGCGCUUUGGGUGCAGAGACGCUGCGCAAAGGAUGCGCUUCAACCUGCGCCAAAGCCAGCGCCCCUGCAGAUCCAGGGAACGGCGUGCUUGCAGCAAGUGAAGCACACGGUGUUUGAUUUCGAGCAGGCAAUCUUCAGGGUCCACAUCUUUCACCAGAUGACUGGCCAAGUGCCAAAUAUGGCUCGAUUUUACUCUUUGCCAGAGCGUGAGCAAAUCAAUUGCUUAAAGAUGCUCAACGAGACGAAGCAUGCCUACGAUACCAGCACCGGCCGCUUGGUGCCAAGUGCUGCUGGCAUUUCUUGGACAGCCUGCGUGUUGGGAGGACUGGAGACGAUGACCGAGCUGCACAGCGUGUUUUCGGGCCUGAAGGCAUACAACAUGCAGCUGAGCGUCAUGACGGAAGGCACUGUGGGGGCGUGCCGCUUCGUCCUUGAACAAGGGGGGCUUCUGCAGUACUUUGACCAUGUCUUUGGGAGACUGGGCAAAUUCUACAGCGAGUCUGCGUUUGACCGCGCUGAUCCCGAGCCGUCACGAUUGGAACGCACCGCGGCAUGUCUCCAAGGCACCAAAGCAAACCUGAUCCACAGCCUGAUGUCUCGCGAGUGUCUCGAGGUAAACGAGAUGUGUCUGGUGGAAAGCGACCCCGAGGACAAGGGCAUAGUGUCCUUGCAGGGUCUUUGUUGCAUUGUCCAUAUGGACAAGCUCAAAAAGUUGAUGGGAGGCAGCGGGAGUGUCUACCCCGCACCAGAAUUCAGGUGA